UUAGAUUUGAUUCUUGUCAAAGUUAAUUUAAUCCACAUUCUUGUGCACGGACUUCUUUCAAAUUUGUAGCGAGGCCGGUGAUGCAAUAGUUUCAGGCAGCGUUUCUGCAGAGUACGAACUCGCCGUACGACCUCCAGCCAAUGGCAUUUAUGGAUUCGCCACCCCUUUUCUGCCACCCACUGCUGCGUUGGCCACCUCCUAUGUACUGUCCCUUCCACCUAUAUAUUCAACACUAUUCUCCUCCUCCGCCGCAGCUCGUAAACCAAAAAAACCCUAACUUUUCACCUCCCCUCUAAAUUUCUCCUCUUUUCUUCACAUUUCUUCUAUCUGCACAUGGCAGAUUGGUCGAGAUUCAUGGCCAGGUCACCUCCUUUUCCCAGAAAGUUUUUCAAGCCUUUGACGCCUGGCUUCCAAAAUGGAAUGGCAAUUCCAAUAGCCUUUACUAGAAGCCUUGGCGAAAAGAAAUUGGAUAAAGCACUUAUUAAGAGCUGUCAGGGAUCCUGGGAUGUUCAAGUUCGUAGGACUUGCGAUGGAGUGUUUUGUUUUAAACAAGGUUGGAAGGAAGUUGUGAAGAAUCAUAGCCUGGAAGUUGGAGAGUUCCUAGUCUUUGAACACAAAGGCAACAUGGUCUUUAAUGUGAAAGUCUAUGAGCCACUAGGUUGUGAGAAAAUGUUUCCUCCUCCCUCCUUCAGGUUAAUAAUGGCAAAAACUCAUUGGAACGUCAAAUGUCCUAGCGCGACAAUCCCCCUUGACUUCGCAAGAUCAACUGGCAUUCUUGACAAAUCCUGCAUGCGUGUUAAAGAUCCGUUUGGAAAAUUAUGGCCAAUGGACAUAGGAAUUGUGAAAGAUAAAGAGAAAAUUGAAGCUGCUUGGAGUCGUCGUACAUAUUUAAAAAGUAAAGGGUGGAUUGAGUUUUACAAAGCCAACAAACUGAAGGACGCAGAUGUUUGCAUCUUUGAGCUCAUUCAGGUGCCAAAGUCAAGAUCAAAACCCGUCAUUAUGAAUGUCAAGAUAUUCCGCUUUGGAUCGUAGGCAGUUCCAAGUCAAAUUGUUAGCUUCAUUGAUUGUUUUUAGAUUUUGAACAAUGUGAACUAACAUUUAGAUGCCCCUAGUACUGUAAGUUGUAUUAGAUUUGGGUUAAGGUAUCAAAUUGAUAACUAGCUACUUUUAUCUUGAUGUUGCAAUGGAAUCUUUUAUGCAAAAACAAAGGAGUUGGAAGG